AAACCCGUCGUCCCGCGACCCCACGUUCACGGUCAUGAGAAAAAGUACGAAUCUUGCUAAAUAAAUCACCGAGAAACUGUUCUGUAUAGGUUGCUCCACAAUGGUAUGCACGUGCAAAAUGUCUCCUACAUCUAGUAAUUUCGCGUGAGGCGUUAAUUUUGAAAAUAGGCAUAGUAAGUGGCACCGAGGUGUGCACGAAGGAACGGUACCCUGAAUAACAGGAGAAUAGCGAGCUCAGUUCCUGCUGAGCUAGGAGCAAAGCCGGGUUGCAUUGUUAUUGGUUGUACGAUGUUUAAUGUGUACCUCCACAUUUUAGAUUAGGCCAGAUUAGGCUCAUGCUAAUUGUGAUAUAAACAACGUUAACCUAUUUUUUGAAAAUUAUUUUAUCUCGAUAAACAAUGGCUGAGGAAGAAUCUGAAGAGAAGGAAUAUCGCUGGGAGACUGGUUAUGAAAAAACAUGGGAAGCAAUUAAAGAAGAUGAUCAUGGGUUAUUGGAAGCAUCUGUCGCAACUAUCAUUCAUAAUGCUAAAAGAAAACGGCAGUUGGACAGAAAACAGGGUGCUAGAUUAGGAAUGAUGAGGCAUCUUUAUAUUAUCUUAGAUGCUUCGGAGUCAAUGUCCAAUCAAGAUUUAAAACCAACUCGAUUUCUGUGUUCCCUAAAACUUUUAGAGGAUUUCAUCGAAGAAUUUUUCUAUCAAAAUCCUAUAAGUCAGUUGGGUGUAAUUAUAACUAGAAAUAAAAGAGCUGAAAAAAUUAGUGACUUGUCUGGUAAUGCAAAGAAGCACAUCAAGGAAUUAAGAGCAUUACAACAAACUGCAAUAACUGGCGAACCUUCUUUGCAAAAUUCUGUGGAGUUAGCUAUGAAGUCGUUAAAAUUAUUGCCUUCCCACGCUAGUAAAGAAAUAUUAAUAGUUGUAGGUGCUCUUACUACUUGUGAUCCUGGAGAUAUCAACGAAACAAUACAGAGUAUGAAAGCAGAUAGUAUUAGAUGUAGUGUGAUAGGAUUGGCUGCUGAGUUAUAUAUCUGUAAACGAAUGGCAAACAGAACUGGUGGUGAACACGGUGUUGUACUCGAUGAUAAGCAUUAUAAGGAGCAGUUAAAUGUGCACAUAGAUCCUCCACCUGCCGCAACGCGACUGGAUGCAGCUCUUGUCAAAAUGGGAUUUCCACAUCAUGCUUUACACUCUAACGCGUCAGACACAUCUAUGACAGUAUGCAUGUGCCAUGCAGAGAAUUCUGAUGAAUCGGUUAAACUUAUGAGUACCGGCUAUCUUUGUCCCCAAUGUCUUAGUAAACAUUGUGAGCUACCUGUGGAAUGUAGGGCAUGUGGUCUUACUUUAGUAUCCGCUCCGCAUUUGGCAAGAUCAUAUCAUUAUUUGUUUCCUGUCGAACCCUAUAAAGAAAUUGCAUUUGAGGGCGAUUAUUUCUCCUGCUUUGGUUGCCAGAAAGCUUUUACUCAAAAGGACAAAAAGGUAUAUACUUGUGGCAAAUGUAACCAAACGUUUUGUUUGGACUGUGAAAUAUUUAUCCAUGAAAUCUUGCACACAUGUCCUGGCUGUGCAACAAAUCCUGAAACGUACAAAAAGUCUGCGGAUAGAUCUUAAAAUGAUCUAUUUGGUGUAGAAUUUUAAAUAAUCACUGCCAAA